AUGAAUCCCAUACUGUUCGCCUUGUGUAUCGGUCUUGACGAGUACGCCCAUCCCGACAUUAGAAAUCUGCAGGGUUGUGAGAAGGAUGUCGACUCUCUACAAGACGUUCUUUUCUUGCGCUUCCCGCACGCACAAAUUCUUAGCUUGAAGAGACAGGCAGCCACUCGGAAAGGCAUCCUCGACUCGUUCACAGCGCACCUCCUGGAAAAUGAUUGCAUCUCAAGGGGUGACCCGAUUCUCAUCUAUUUCGCUGGCUACGGGCAGCGACUCAAAGGAGAGAGCAGAGAAGUAGAUGCGCUCAUUCCAUUUGAUUAUGCGCCCGACGUUCCACCAAUAUUCGACGCUACUCUUCAUCGACUUCUAAAAAUGCUCGUCCAGACCAAAGGUCCUCAUGUUACCCUUAUUCUGGAUUGCUGUUUUUCCCCAGUCUUCGCACUCUCCACCAACGUACGCCGGAUCCAAACCCCCUCUUGGUUGUCCCAUCUCGUCGACUCGGAUCUCCGUCGCGAAGAGAAUAAUCUGGCUGAUUAUCAUGGAUUUUUCAGCGAAGACCAGCCAUAUGUGGUCAUCGCUGCUAGCAAUAGGAAUAGGCACUGCAAGGAAACUCCAAUGGGAGGGUUUUUUACUCAAAAUAUGGUUUCGAUAAUGCGGUCCUCUUGGCCGCUAAGCUGUCGAGAACUUACUGUGCUUACUCAACGUUGGGAAACAGGAUCUCGCAGCCAGGUUUCGGUCUGCUAUGGUCCGCAUUUGGACCGACUGUUAUGUACCACCCCAAAACUGCUUCCUAUUGCGAAACUGCGGGUAUUUUCCUCCAACAUCGAUCUCCAUGCCAAGUCAACGGAGGAUUCCGUCUUUCUUGUUUCAAGGAGAGGGAAUGCAAAUGUGGUAGUGUAUGCAGCAAGCCAAAGCGAAGCACACAUAGAACGCCUUGACCGAGUGACUGCUCAGUACGGUACCCCUCUCAUACCGUUCGCAUUGGCGAAAGCUGCCCAGGUGCUGAAUGGCAUCGCACGGUUCAAUCACUACCUGAAUCUUCGACCGUCCGCUGACCGACAUUACUGGCACAGGGUCCAGCGGCGGCUCCUUCGAUGGAGGAAAUCUGGCUAUCCAUCGUUGUCUAUAGAGGUAUAUCACUUCAGACCAGAGGAUGAAGAUGACGACCAUGCAUGGAUCUCCCAAAAUAUUCUCCAUAGUGGCGUCGCCCUUCUGGACCAAGUCCCAAACAACCACGUACUAGGCCUUAAACUCACCAACACCGGUGAUCAAGCAAUGUAUCCUUAUGUCCUACACUUCGACACGGGCACUUACGAAAUAAAUGAAUGGUACUCACCGUUUCGAGAAGACGAGGGCAUGCCGCCAAAUCUGCUGAAGCCAGACGAAUCGCUGAUCUUCGGACGCUGUCCCGAUAUGAAUGCUUUGGCCUUAGACAAUGCCGAGCCCUCGUUUCGCAUAGUUCUGGAUGAAGACAAAAUAGAACGGACAGCAGAGGUGUUCAAGAUUAUUCUUGCGCAAAAGCCUAUUGCUGUAGGCUACAUGGCACAAGCUUCACCCAUCACAAGCGGAGGGGAAAGAUUCGAGAAAGUCGAGGUUCAAGAGGGAAUUCCAGGCGUAUGGCGAACAGAGACGGUAACACUCGCUGUACCAGCAAACUUCCGAAACGGCGGUCAUCUGCAUUCAAGCCCGCGCGCGGUACCUUUGGGUCUGUGGAGGAGAAUCAAAGAAAAGGUGGCAUAUGCACUCCGAACCCUGUUUGGAAGCCAAAACCAGUCGAGGCUAGAAUAG